AUGCUAUUUAACGCCAGGUAUCAUUGGGCGGCUCUUGUCAGCCUGGUCACUCUUUGGUGGCUUUGCGCUGGAGGAGAAGCACAACUCGUCUCGACGGGCUUUUCGGUCUCCUUCAACGAUGUCUACUAUUAUAUCUCUCCAUAUUCUGUUGGCAAUGUCUCGGUAGACCCUGCCGUGCUCAGUACUGCGUCUGCUGUACAUGGCUUCUAUCCUGUCACCGUAAUCCAAGCGGAUAUUGGGGUUAGCGGAAUCAGCUCGGUGGUCGAGAACUUUACGAUGACAGGACAACUCACAUCUCCAGAGAACAUCACAUUCAACAUCUUAGCUCUUGAUUCAACUACCAUUCCGAGUGGACCGUAUUUUCUAGAAUCAUCCACUGGGUCCCUUUACCCGACCUAUCGACUGUACUCCGACUUUACGGGUUCAUUCUCUGAGCCGUUGUUGCAGACUCCCGACGGCACAUUCACAAGUCUCAGUGCACAGAUCCCUGGUACGGCAUCUGUGACCAUUGGUGUUCCAUCACGCCUCUACUACACUCGCACAGAGGAUCAACCACUGGCUGGCGUUCGCAUCGCCGUCAAGGAUAUCUUCGACCUCGCGGGUGUGAGGACAUCCAAUGGAAACCGAGCAUGGUGGAGUCUCUACCCUCCUGCCAAUGUUACAGCACCGUCGAUGCAACGCCUGGUCGAUGCGGGUGCCAUCAUCGUGGGAAAGCAGAAACCUUCACAGUUCGCAAAUGGUGAGCAAGCCACGGCGGACUGGGUUGACUAUCAUUCCCCCUUCAACCCUCGAGGAGACGGAUACCAGGAUCCAUCCUCCUCAUCCUCUGGCGCUGGUGCUUCAAUUGCCGCCUACGAAUGGCUAGACAUUGCUGUGGGCUCUGACACAGGAGGAUCUAUCCGUGGACCGGCGGCAGUUCAAGGACUCUUCGGGAAUCGACCUUCGCAUGGUCUGGUCGAACUGACGCAUGUUAUGCCCUUGUCGCCGACUCUUGACACCGCAGGCUUCCUCGUUCGAGAUCCAUACCUCUGGGACAUUGCCCAAGCCGUCCUCUACGACACUAACUACACCUCCACUGACCUCGCGGUACCGAUAGCGUGGCCUACCAAGAUCUACACAUGGAGCUAUCCCAGCAACGCCUCCGAGUCCAACUCAUCAGCGCUCCUUGUUUCAUUCGCAUCCAAACUCGCGACCUCCAUCAACGCAACCAUUUCACCAGUCAACAUCACGAGCCUGUGGAGCAACUAUACCCCUCCGACCAUAUCUAACAUCGACAUCCCCAUCGCCGGCCCGCUCUCCUCCUUCCUCAACCUAACAUACGCGAUCCUCAUCUCAAAGCAACAAACCGCACUCGUCCGCGACCACUUCUACGCCGACUAUGCCGCACAGCACCAAGGACGCACGCCAUUCGUCGAUCCCGCCCCCCUAGCCCGCUGGGCCUUCGGGGACUCCUACCCGGCCAGCGCCGUGACAGACGCCAUCGCCAAUAAAACCGUGUUUAUGGACUGGUUCAACUCCGAGAUCCUACCACGUGGUGGCCCUAGCGGGCCAUGCAGCGACGCAAUCUUCCUAUACGUAGGCAGCACGGGCGGCGAUGAAGACGUCAACACUCGCAACGAAUACAUCAAGCCGCCGCGCCCGCCCGUUGGGUUCAGUGCAGGACGUCUUAGCGUCUUCUCCGAGGCGCCGGACAGCGUAUUUCCGCUCGGCGAGACACCGUACUACUCGAACGUGACGCACCAUGAGGAGUUCCUGCCUGUUGCGGUUGACGUUAUGGUGGCGAAAGGCUGUGAUGCGCUGCUGCCACGGUUGGCGCAGAAGUUGGUCCAAGAGGGGAUUAUUGAGGUACCGAAGACGGGCAGGUCGGGGGUUGAUGGCGGGGAGGUCUUGUUGAAGAGGAGGGUUGGUGUCUAA